AUGGGUGAACCUUCGUUUCUAUGUACUACAGAAUGUGGCAGUAAAAGGAGGAGGAUAGAGUCUGCUUCAGAACGAUUGGUUGUAUCAACUGAGCGUACCUCUGACAAGCAGACUGGUAGCAAUGGAUUUCUUGGAUAUUUUAUUAGAUUUCUUUCACCAGUGACAAAUCUGUUUCGACCGUCAUGUAGAGUGCCAAAGACUGACGUGAACUGUAAUUCAAGAUUGAAUGCUAUCUCAGAGCAUUUGAGCCAUCUAUCAGUAAAUGCCUAUACGCCAAUUAGUGAAGGAAUAAGUAAAGAUCAUGGAGAAAAUGAAAUUAUAACCAUUGAUUGCGAAGAUUCUCAACUUUACUCAUCUUUUCCAACAGAGGAUGGUGGUUAUCCUGUAGAAAAUAUCAAUCAUACAUUUACUGAAGAGAAAGAAAAUAAUAGAAGGAUGGAAUUGACUGCUACUGAAAGUGCGAAUAUUAUAGAAAAUAAGUCUGACAAAUCAACUGAAACUCAAAAUUGGGAUACCCAUCAAGAAAAUAGUUCAGAAGAUAUACUAAAUCUCGAAUCACCAUCACCUCAGCCUGAACACAGUGUCAGUCAGCAGAUUUCACCAAUAAUUUCACCAGCUGGUAGUUUAUUGUUAAUGCUUGCAUGCUCAAGUAUUUCAAAAGAUAGAUGGGAGCGUCGGCGUACAUCAUCUUCAAACAGACACAUAUCUUUGCGUCGUUAUACGCCGUUCAAGAACUUUUCCGUGAAUAACAAGGUGAGGCGUUUCAACUAG